GCAUUGAUAUUUUAGAGUCAGCACCGGCCACUAGUUGAAUUCGCGAGGGUUUUAUAUUUCGGAGAAGGAGGAACCAAAAAUCAGAGUUCUUCUGCCAUGCCAUACGACUGCUAAUCUGUUGCUUGAUCGAUAAUUAUCCACCCACUAUUAAUCAUUCAAUCAUCAAAUUAUCUCUUCCAUGGCAGAUUCUAUCCGUUUAUCUUCUUCCAAUUCUCUUCCAUACUCUUCCUUUUCCCUCAAUUCUUUGCACCCAAUUAUCUUACCUAGUUCUAAUUCUUUUCAAUUGCGUUCUAAAACCCUAAAUAACAAUUUUGUUUCUGUUUCAACCCCCUCUUUCAAGCCCAGAAUCCAUGUUUCUUCCUUCAAGGUGCAUGCUGUUGUUGCAGAAGCGACUGAUCAACCAAAAUGGUGGGAAAAAAAUGCAGGACCCAAUAUGAUUGAUAUUCAUUCUACUGAGGAGUUUCUGAGUGCGUUAAAAGACGCUGGAGAUAGAUUAGUAGUUGUUGAAUUCUAUGGAACUUGGUGUGCCUCUUGCCGUGCUUUAUUUCCUAGGUUGUGCAGAAUGGCCGAAGAACAUCCUGAGAUAAUGUUUUUAAAGGUCAAUUUUGAUGAGAAUAAAGCAAUGUGCAAAAGUAUGAAUGUGAAGGUACUUCCUUGCUUUCAUUUCUAUCGUGGAGCUGAUGGAAAGUUGGAGGAAUUUUCUUGUUCACUAGCAAAGAUGUGCUAAUGCCUUGAGGUUAUGUAAGCCUGUAAGGUGUAUAUGUGCCCCCCCUCCCUCCCUUCCUAUCUCUUCGUCAAAAGAUUGUUCAUGUGUAUAAUUUUAGCUGCGAAUCUUCUUGAUCAAGUCAUCUGAGGAAAUGGUUUCCUUUUCUUCUCCUCUUCCCUUAGUAUCGAAUAAAGUUUCAGAAGAUAAGGGACGCUAUUGAAACGCAUAAUCCAGCUCAAAAUGACUGUGGCAAAAGCGGACAAUGAUCAUAACACACAAUUGCUGCCGAUAUAGAUAAUAAAUCAGCCAAUUCCAAUGACACAUAACACCGUCUUGCUGGUUAUUUAUUUGUUUAUAGUUCUAUAUGGUAUCGUAUGUAUAAUCCUAGUAUAGCUCCUUUUCAAUUCUUAGUACAUAGAAGUAUGUUUAUUUUCGAGUGUUUCUAUUGAAAGUUAAUUAUUUUGAAUGUAAUCUUGGCCCACUUGUCAAAACUUAAACAAGGUUAUUUGAAUAUCAGGAAGGGUGGUAAUUCAGCUCCAA